UUGGGUGUAGGAUUCAGCAUCGAAAAUGAUCAAGCUGCAGCUGUGUGCUGAUGCUAACCAAAAGGAGCUGAAAGAGGGACAAUGCAGCAGGAUGGUGCUGUCAAUGGCCCGCAGUGUUUUUAUGCGAGAUUAGCAGCUACUUAGCUUUGCAUGUGUUAUAGUGAGUGUGUGUGCGUGUGUGCGCAGACAGCAGGACGGUCCAGCCAGCCGCGUCAGGUGGAUGCGCUGCAGUGAUCCACGUCGUCCUUAUGGAUCGCGUCCAUGGAUGUCUUCAACCCCGCUUUGGACAAUAGUUUGAGUCCCAAGGCGGAACCACCCGAAGAAGCAGAAGCAGAUGUUUUUCGCUGGCCCACACCGGAGACUGGCCCACGCUCCGCGCAGGAUGCGCAACCCGCCGCUCAGGGCUUCUGGACUGCCGUGUUCGACUAUGAAGCGUCUGCGGACGAUGAGCUCAGCCUUUGUAAAGGAGACGUGGUGGAAGUCCUGUCCAAGGAUUCCCUUGUGUCAGGAGACGAGGGAUGGUGGACUGGUGUGAUAGCGGACCGGGUUGGCAUUUUCCCAUCUAAUUAUGUCCGUAGGGGAAAUGGCAUUCCGGAGGAAAUACGGGACACCUCAGAGCAGCAGUACUCAGUACCCCCUCUGCACCUCUUGGAGAUUGAUUUCUCAGAGCUCACCCUGGAAGAGAUCAUUGGGGUUGGUGGUUUUGGAAAAGUAUACCGAGCAGUGUGGCGGGGCACAGAGGUGGCGGUGAAGGCUGCACGCCGGGACCCUGAUGAGGAUGCGGAGCAGACUUUGGAGAGCGUUCGUCAAGAGGCCAAGCUCUUCGCCAUGCUCAACCAUCCCAACAUCAUGGCUCUGCUGGGUGUUUGUCUCCAGGAGCCCAACCUGUGCCUAGUCAUGGAGUAUGCUCGAGGUGGCCCUCUGAACAGGGCGCUGUAUGGGAAACGCAUCCCCCCAUGUACGCUGGUGGACUGGGCUGUGCAGAUUGCUCGGGGCAUGCAUUACCUCCACAGCCAGGCCAUUGUCCCUAUAAUUCACAGAGACCUCAAGUCCAGCAACAUUUUGAUUCUGGAGAGGGUUGAGAUGGAAGACCUCAGUAACAAGACGCUGAAGAUCACUGACUUCGGCCUGGCUCGAGAGUGGCACCGCACCACCAAGAUGAGCGCCGCUGGGACCUACGCCUGGAUGGCUCCGGAAGUUAUCCGCUCAUCCAUGUUCUCCAAGGGUAGCGACGUUUGGAGUUAUGGGGUGCUGCUGUGGGAGCUGCUGACUGGAGAAGUUCCAUUUCGAGGGAUUGAUGGACUUGCAGUGGCUUAUGGAGUGGCAAUGAACAAGCUGGCUUUGCCCAUUCCCUCGACUUGCCCCGAGCCUUUUGCACGUCUAAUGGAGAACUGCUGGAACCCAGAUCCUCACUUUCGUCCACAGUUCACAACAGUUCUGGACCAGCUUACAGCCAUUGAGGAGUCAGGAUUUUUUGAAAUGCUUGCAGACUCCUUCCACUCUCUGCAGGAUGACUGGAAACUUGAGAUCCAGGAAAUGUUUGAUCAGCUAAGGACCAAGGAAAAGGAGCUGCGAUCGUGGGAAGAAGAGCUGACCCGUGCAGCGCUGCAGCAGAAGUGUCAGGAGGAGGCAUUGAGGAAGCGCGAGCAGGAACUGGCUGAGCGGGAGAUCCACAUCCUAGAACGGGAACUUAACAUCAUCAUUCACCAGCUCUACCAGGAGAAGCCUCGCGUGGAGAGCAGGCAGGGCAAGUUCCGCCGCAACCGCCUUAAACUCAAGGAUGGGAACAGGAUCAGCCUGCCGUCAGAUUUUCAGCACAAAAUCACAGUGCAGGCGUCUCCUUCUCAUGACCGUCGGAGGAGUUUUCUCAGCAGCAGUUCCAGCCCUCCAGCCAGCCCACCGAUGCUGCCUCGCCUGAGAGCCAUCCAGCUCACUCCGGGGGAAGGGUGUAUGGCCUGGGGCCGCAGCACAGGUUUCCAGCAGAGUGAAGAGGAGAUGGAAAGGAAGGGGUCCAGGAAAAAGGGCCGGUCCCGUGGAUGUGGCAUAUACAGGGAGCACAGUGCUGAUGCGAAUGUGAAGCUUCCUCGUGAGGGCAGUCGACAGCGGUCCUGCAGUGCCCCAAACCUCCGGAGAUCUCCGAGGCACAGUCCAGCAGUACCUGGGGUGCCAAGCCUUGUGGAGAUGGAAAAUGAAGACUGCUGCUUCACAACUGAGCCAGGAGCAACUCCUGGUCAGUCCUACCUCUGCAUUCCCUUCCAAAAGGAGGCCCAGGCAUCUUCUGCUGCUGACAGUGAUGGAGAUGAAUACUGCCUCAGGAGCCAGGUACCUGGAACCCCACCAUGCAAGAAGAGCCCCGGUGGGGGUCGGCGUUCUGAGCUAGUCCUCUUGGGCUGUGGGGCUCUGCUGGCUGCUGUCGGUCUGGGUUGCAACCUGCUAACUUUGGCACAGCCGGAGGAGAGCAUUAAACCCCGAUGGGAGGGCUUCUUCCAUAAAACAGGUGGCCAAAGGCGAGGCACCAGCCCCCCAACUCGCAGACUGUUCCGGCGGGAAAGCCCGCUGAAGCCUGCGGCGCCCUCACUACCAGAGCAAGGUCUGCCCUCGUAUACGCUGCUGUCUUUAUCACCGAUGUCUGACUGCAACUCCACCCGCUCCCUGCUGCGCUCUGACAGCGAGGAGUUGCUGGUCUUCCGCCCCGCCAUGCCUCCUGUCCCCCCUCCCGUCUCAGACUAUAAAGCAUUCCAAACAUCUGUCAACCCGCUGGUCAACACACACGUUGAGAGCUUCAAGCGUAACCCUCGCCAGUCUCUCACACCCACGCACGUCCCCUGUGCACCGAGCUCUUCACGCGGCCUGCGUCGAACACCGUCCGAUGGAGCCAUCAAGAAGAGCUGCCCUCUCAACAGUCUGGAGCCUUUGCCAGAAAAAACAGCUUUAGAAAACACAGGUGGCUUCAGGGGUUUAAAAGAAGACUGUUCUGAGGUCCCCCGGCUCCCCAAUCCAGAUGUGGUGUUCCCCCCAACACCUCGACGGCGCUGUGCUCCUGAACGCCCCAAAACCUUGGACUUUGUGGCCCGGCCUCGGCCUUCGCCUCGCGCACGCUGCGACGUGUUCUGGGCAGAAGCGAGAUCCAGGGGAAAUGGACAGACCCUGGGUAACGGCGAGUCCCCCUCCAACACCUCCAGCACAGAAACUCCACCCACAGUAGAGUUUGGGAGAGAGCCGGCUGUGCUGCCCACUCCCAUGGAGGCCCCCACACCCUACUCCCCACGCAGGAAUGAAAACCUGUUGGACAAGCUGGACGAGGGGCAGUGCCAGGAUGGAACUGUCCCGCUCUGCAGACCUGAGGUCAUCCAAUCCAAAGACUCACCUUACCGCUACAAACCAGGGUUCUGGUCCUAACCUUAGCCCGACUCUUCAUUUGCUAUUGGCCUUUGAUUUGUCACAAGUCUGGGUCCAUCCAUCCGGAAUUAACGUAGGAUUGUUCACUUUUCUCCAUCGGCAAUAUUGUAACUUAUUUGCAGUAAGAAAUUUUCUGUAAAUAUUUUACUGUUUUGACAUUUGGUCUUAUUGUCAUUUGCACGAUAAUCAUCUAGUUAGUCAUUGAAAACAGCUCAAAUAAAGCAGAAAAAGUAGGCCUACUUAAAAAUAUUAUGUGAACCAGUCGUGAUGCAUUAGAAGAGGAUUUAGGAAUUAUUCGGCAGGUUCAGGGUCUUUUUCUAUAGUAUUAACAGAUUUGUGUUAUUAAAGCAGAACAGUGCUGACACCUUCACAAAGCUUUACAGAUUUCUCUUAUUCAAGCUUGAGUUCAAGAUUGUGCAUUUAAUUAAGUGCACUUUAGGAAAGCAUCGUGAAUGUAAAGCUUCAGGGUUUUUUCUCUUUUGAUUUAUUUAAAUGGAGGAUUUUUUAAUUUGUAAUUUAUCUGCAAAAUCUUUGCCAUUUGAUCACAUCUGUACAUUGUGUUUCUCACUCCGGCUGAAGGCGGAUGGAUUCCAGUUUUGCACCGGCCACCUGUCAUCACCAAUCACAGAAAUGUCCCACAGACAGGGAAGGCUGUUGUUUAUUAUAAGCACUUAAUGGCAUUACAAAGCUACAUCCUGAUUGUCUUAUUUAUUAUUUGUAUGUGACCAUACAGCCAGGUGAGAAAUAAUUAUUCUAACUAAAAGGGAACAUUGACUUAACUUAACCUUAUGAAUCAUUCUGUGAGUUUGGAUGGGGGAUGCCGAGCUUGUUUAAGGAAACUUUGUGAGCAACAGUGGCUCACAGGUGGAAGAGGCCCAGAUCCAUCCUGAGUAUUUUCAAUUGUAAUGAUUUAUUUAUUACAUUGUAUUAAUUUAUUGGUUUUUCUGAUGUUUUUUUCUUUUUAUAAUUCUAAUUAAUUGUGUUUGCCUUGAUUUUUUUUACAUUUGUAAUGCUCUCAGAGAUUUUUUUAGGUGUCAGUUUUUGCACAAAACAUCCAAUAGGGUGCAUCUCCUUCACUACAUUUGUUUAUUUUUUGUUUGUUUGUUUGUUUUGUUUCAGGGUUAACUCAAAUAAGCCAUUUGACUGAUUCUGUUUAGGUCACUGGUUUUAUGGUUUAAAGAUGCAAAAUAUAGAGUUCAAGGAGUUUCCCUUCCUCUGCAAAACAGGCAAUUGAGAACUCUAGUAUAAACUGUGAAACACAUUGAUUGUUUUUCUUGUACAAAACAAGGAAAUAAUUAAAGAAAAUUACUGGCUCAUAAAUUAAAUAUUAAAACAACAAAAAUGUUCAUUUAUCUAUUUAUUCCAUAUGUGUAAUAAAUAAAAACAAAGUAAUUAUAACUGCUUUAAAUCAAGAUUUUCUACUGUUUUAAUAUCUGAUUGACAGCUCAUUUAGAUAUUGAAAUCAGUGAAAAUGUGCAUUCAUUUAAUGCAUUAUUGUAAUAAAUAAAGAUAAAAUAAUUUUUACAAAUGCAUUAAAAUAUUUUUACUUUUUUUUAAUAUCUAACUUGUCAAUAUAGUUUAAAUACAGGAUUUGUUGACAAGUUAUUUACA